GCGCCCGGCGGCGCCAGCCCCGAGGCAGCGCGGGGGCGUGGUCGGGGGCGUGGCCUUCCCGUGCGAGGUUAUAAAGGGCGGCGCUGCGCCGCCCGCCCCCUCAGGGUUCAAGAUGGCGGCGCUGAGGGCGGCGGGGGCGGCGCUGCUGCUGCGGCCCGGGCGGGGGGAGGCGGCGGCCGCCGCCAGGCUGGGCUACCACAAGAAGGUGGUGGAUCACUACGAGAACCCGCGCAACGUCGGCUCGCUGGACCGCAACGCCAAGAACGUGGGGACGGGCCUGGUGGGGGCUCCGGCCUGCGGCGACGUCAUGAAGCUGCAGGUGGAAGUGGAUGAGAACGGGAGAAUCAUCGAUGCCCGUUUCAAAACCUUUGGCUGCGGGUCGGCGAUCGCCUCGAGUUCACUGGCGACGGAGUGGGUGAAAGGGAAAACGGUUGAUGAAGCGUUGCAAAUCAAGAACACGGAUAUCGCUAAAGAGCUCUGCCUUCCCCCCGUCAAACUGCACUGCUCGAUGCUGGCUGAAGAUGCAAUCAAGGCUGCCUUGGCUGAUUACAAGUUGAAACAGGACCCGAAUAAACAGGAAUCGGAGAAGAAAGCCAACAACGCCUAAACUGACUGUAGAGCUUGUUCUCAUUCCACUUAAAUUCGCAGUGCAAUUAUUGUAGCUGUUAGUAGGACCCUGCACACUACUCCGUGGAGCUGUAAGAUACGCACAAGUUACGCGCCCCGUGUCGCUGCCGGUGUGCGCACAAGGGGGACGUGGGGGCUCCGCCAGCCCGUGUCCUGUCACGACUGCGUGUGGAACGUCACAGUGAAGGCUGCACAACUGCAUGGAGCUCGGUGGCUUUUCUCUGGGGAGAAAAUCCUCUUGUUCCAGUACUGGAAGGGCUGCACUUUUUUGGGGGGGGGGAAGAUGUAUAAUUUUGCCUAAUAUUUUACAGAAUUUAGGGGGAAAUAUUGCCUUGGUCUUGAUGUAGGAACUGCAGAUGGGUCUGUGUAUCAGUACAAACGCGGGGCAGCGCCUCUGCCCGCAAACCACA